GAAAAAGAGCGCUCCGUCACCUCGAUUCUCAAAGAGCUUGCCGCGAUUCAACAACAAGGUCCUCAAAAAUAUUGCAUUCUUGGUACACGCCACUGCUCUUUCUUGCAUCAGCAAAUCAUUGAACUACUCGCCUAUGCUUUGGUACUUUCAGGUAAUCACGUUUAUACUUCUGGCGCGGGAGGGACUCACGGGGCCGCGAUUCGUGGAGCUCUCCGUGCUGAACGUCCAGAUUUGCUUACCGUAGUUUUGCCGCAAUCCAUGUCGAAACAGACAAGAGAUAGUCAAGCAUUACUGAAGAAGGUUGACGACGUCAUCGCUAUGCCACAAAACGAUGAAAUGAGUCUAGAUAUUGCAUCACGUAUUUGCAACUCUUACUUACUGUCGCAAACGGACCAGCUAAUUUCAUUCGCCUUUCACGAAUCCACAACGGUAAUCGAAGCUACUAAGGAAGCGAAGAAACUGGACAUGCUGGUAACAGUCCUCUUUCUGGACUAG